UUCUCGGGCAAGAAAGGGGGUGGAGUUUUUCACAAUGGGCCGAAUGCUCGGGCACAUGUUUACCAAUGUUGCCUUCGGAGAAAGAGAUGAGAGGAAGUUGAAGAGCUGGGCUCAUCAGAGGACAUCCAGAGUGUCCUAUCCUGGCAUGUUAGGACGUCAUCGUUGACCUCCUAGGAACAGCGAGGGGUCAAAGUGACACCGUGACCCGGUUACACGUUAUACCAUCAUGCCAACAGCCAAGUCUCGGUGACUGUGUUCUAGCUGUCUCGACACAACAGUUUCACGUAACACUAUCACCACAUGAGUCAUCGACCCUGCUGCCCCUUGUAUUUAAGGGAGCCGCUUCGCAGAUUAAGGUGAGAGGGUGACCUGGGCAGGCUAGCACCAAGGACUCUUCCUCGAACCCUGCUCAGACCUCUCGUUCCCAGUGAUGAGCAGCUCUCAGCUCCUGAAGUACCCCUCCACAGACUCCCCGCUCAGCCCCCUAGCGUCCCGGGGGAUGCCCCCCACCUCCCCGCCUCUCUCCCAGGCCCUCUCCGGCACCCCGUGGCCCCCGGUGGACUUCGCCCUGGGCGCGCUGGCCUGCUGCGGGGCCUGCGUCUUCACCAACCCCCUGGAGGUGGUGAAGACGCGGCUGCAGCUGCAGGGAGAGCUGCAGACUCGGGGGUCCUACCAGCGGCACUACCGCGGGGUGAUCCAGGCCCUGUGGGUGGUGGGGCGGACUGACGGGCUCCGGGGCCUCCAGAAGGGGCUCUCGGCCGGGCUGAUAUACCAGGGUCUGAUGAACGGCGUGAGGCUGGGCUUCUAUUCCCACUGCGAGGCUUUGGGCCUGACGGCGGUCCACGGAGGGAGCCUGUUGUCAGGGGCGGUGGCUGGGGCCCUGGGGGCCGCUGUGGCCUCUCCUGCUUAUCUGGUGAAGACGCAUCUGCAGGCUCAGACAGUGAAGGCCAUAGCAGUGGGCCAUCAGCAUAACCAUCAGGGGGUGUCCAGUGCCUUUGCCACUAUUUACCGUCGGGAGGGCGUGCUGGGUCUGUGGAGGGGGGUGAACGGGGCGGUACCCCGGGUGAUGGUGGGGUCUGCUGCCCAGCUGGCCACCUUCAGCUCCACCAAGGAGCUGGUGGCAGCUCGCCAGUGGUUCAGUCCAAACAGCUGGCUGAUCACUCUGACAGCCGCUAUGAUCAGUGGGGUUGCUGUGGCGAUCACCAUGACGCCGUUUGAUGUCAUCAGCACACGCCUCUACAACCAACCCGUCGAUGAGCUGCACAGGGGUCGACUGUACCACAGCUUCUCUGACUGCCUGGUGAAGGUGUGUGGGACAGAGGGCAUGCUGGGACUGUACAAAGGCAUGGGCCCUGUUUUCAUCCGCCUGGCCCCCCACACCAUCCUCAGCAUGCUGCUGUGGGACCUGAUGAGACAGAAGGCGUUCCAGGACCACUGGUGACGAGGCUGACCCUCUGGGACACGCCAGCGUGGUCCCUGGGGGGAACCAGGGGCCACGUGGUCCUCGAUGGAUGACAGGAGAUCAUCCACUAAAUGGGCCCACCUAUGGAUAGAUGAAGAGGACAAGCCGUCCUCUCUCUAGAUGACGGGGGGAGGAUUUCGGGGAACAAGAGGGGAUCAUAUCCAGUGAUGAUCAGCUGAACUCCUGAGUGGUUGACUUUGAAAAUGGCACUUAAAGUUCGCCUGGUGAAGUUUUUAGCUUUUCUCCCUUGACAAUGUCAGAAGUCAGUGAAGUGUGUGGAAAGGAUGGUCCAAUUCUAACGGGAGCAUUUUGGAUCACCAAGGCUAUGUUUAUUGUUCCCUAGUACUUAUACUCAUUCAUAAAUAUUGCCUUGUUGUCUUUUCAAGCCUUGAAGACCAAAUGCUGUAUGAGAACUCUUCUAGAUGUAAUGGGUAAAUCACUGUAAUUACUUAACUGAAGUACAGAUGCAAAUGACAGAUGUUAUAAAUUUUUGUUUUGCAAAAUU